GAGCCGGAAGUCCCAGUGUUUUGGUAACGGCAAGGAAGGACCUGUCAUUUACCCCGGUCCAGCUAAUUUCUAAUCUAAUCAGCUGUUUCCCGGCAAAAAAAGCAGCACUAAUUUAACAACAAAUGUAACUGUUUGGACACAGAGACAAAAUGGGAUUCACACGGAGUCGCUUUCUUGGCGGUAAGCCGUCGAAAGCGCCGCUGCUGCUGCCUUUUCUGCUCACAGUCCUGCUCGUCGGGAGCCAAGGGGACGGCGGUGCGAUGGACAACGGCGCAACUGAGAGGAUAGCAGAGGAAAGCCACCGACAGGACAGUGCCUACCUACUGAUAUUCAUAAUGCUCUUGACGCUCACCAUACUAACCAUAUGGCUUUUCAAACACCGCCGAUUCAGGUUCCUGCACGAAACAGGGCUUGCCAUGAUCUAUGGACUGCUGGUGGGUGUGAUCCUGCGGUUUGGCAUCCACGCCCAAAGCAUGAGCGACGUGAUUCUCGGCUGUGCCGUUAACGGCAGUCCUGCCACUCUCUUGGUCAAUGUCAGCGGACGGUUCUAUGAGUACACUCUGAAGGGGGAAGUCGGACAGGGCAAAGGUCACCAAGUACAGGAUGAUGAGAUGUUGAGAAAGGUGACCUUUGACCCAGAGGUGUUUUUCAACAUUUUGCUGCCUCCCAUUAUUUUCCAUGCGGGUUACAGUCUGAAAAGGAGACACUUUUUCAGAAACAUCGGUUCCAUCCUCGCCUAUGCUUUCAUCGGAACAGUUAUAUCCUGCUUUGUUAUCGGGCUGAUCAUGUAUGGCUUUGUGUCCUUCAUGAAAGUCGUGGGGCAGCUUGGUGGAGAUUUUUACUUUACUGAUUGCCUCUUCUUUGGGGCCAUCGUUUCAGCAACAGACCCUGUGACAGUCCUCGCCAUCUUCAAUGAGCUAAAGGUAGACGUGGACCUCUACGCUUUACUGUUUGGGGAAAGCGUCCUCAAUGAUGCCGUCGCCAUCGUCCUCUCCUCCUCCAUUGUGGCGUACCAGCCUGCAGGCGACAACAGCCACAGCUUUGAGGCCAUGGCCAUGUUGAAGUCCUUCGGCGUCUUUCUGGGCGUCUUCAGCGGAUCUUUUGCUCUCGGUGUUGUUACAGGAGUUGUGACCGCCCUCGUCACCAAGUUCACUAAGCUGCGGGACUUCCCCUUAUUGGAGACGGCGCUCUUUUUCCUGAUGUCCUGGAGCACCUUUCUCUUGGCGGAGGCCUGCGGGUUCACAGGUGUUGUUGCUGUGCUGUUCUGUGGGAUCACUCAGGCCCACUACACCUACAACAAUCUCUCACCAGACUCUCAAGACAGGACCAAACAGUUGUUUGAGCUGCUGAACUUCCUGGCAGAGAACUUCAUCUUCUCCUACAUGGGUCUGACGCUCUUCUCCUUCCAGUCGCACGUCUUCAACCCUCUCUUCAUUGUCGGAGCCUUCGUGGCAGUGUUUCUGGGCAGGGCUGCAAACAUCUACCCCCUGUCCUUCCUCCUCAACCUGGGCCGCAAGAACAAGAUCGGAUACAACUUUCAGCACGUUAUGAUGUUUGCAGGUCUGCGUGGGGCGAUGACCUUUGCACUUUCCAUUCGAGACACAGCGACUUACGCCCGUCAGAUGAUGUUUUCAACCACGCUCCUGAUUGUUUUCUUCACUGUGUGGAUCUGUGGUGGUGGCACCACACCCAUGCUAUCUUUCAUGAGCAUACCGGUGGGUGUGGACUCUGAUCAAGACAACACUAAUUCGGGUGCGUUGGAUGGGUCACAGCGAAGGAGCACCAAACAUGAGAGCGCCUGGCCUUUUAGGAUAUGGUAUAACUUUGACCACAACUACCUGAAACCCCUCCUGACCCACAGCGGUCCGCCUCUCACUGCUACUAUGCCUGCAUGCUGUGGACCGCUGGCUCGAUGCCUCACCAGCCCACAGGCCUAUGAGAAUGAAGGUCAGCUCCAUGACGACGACUCUGACUUCAUCCUGAAUGAUGCCAGCGUGAGCUCCAUGUAUGCCGACGUCACCGUCAGCACGGACGCGUCCGGAUCCCGCACCGUCAACCCCAAGCGCUCCUCCACCACCCGCGCCGGGGGUGGUGUAGGUUCUUUCGAUGAAGGUCUGGAUCACGAGCUCUCUGUGGCAGAACACGAAGUGGCGAUCCGGGGAACGCGGCUGGUCUUGCCCAUGGAUGACCCCGUGGAGGCCCCGACUACCGUCACCCUGCCUCCGCCACCCUCCCCGCCGCGCUCUGAACCUCACAGGCACAGACUGUAAGAAAGCUGCCGCUCUGAGGACGCAGUUUGUUGUUUCCAACUUAAAAAAACCAAAACACACACCAUACAUACAACUGAUCAAAAUAAUGACAUAUUUAAAAAAACAAACAAAUAUAAAUUCAUCGGGAUUUUCAAUCAGAAAGCACAGAUUGAUUUUCUCACCACCAAUCUAUCUAACAUGCAGUUUUAAAAUUGUUUGAGCUUGAUUUAAGUCGGGAUAACUGUGACACUGAAUGUGACGUGAGGUACUUUUAAAUCAAGAGCUUCUCGAUUUUAUAGAUUACAUUUCACCCCGAAUGUGGAGGCUUCAUUUGCUCCUGUGUUUGUGCCACACUGGUGAUAUGGUAGCGCUCUCUAAACCUAGCUGUAUACACAGUUCACAUUUUUCUCUGUGGCAAGAGCUUCUGCAUUCGCCCAGCUCCCUUUGUGUGUUUCUACCUGAAGAUAAGCACCACGCAUAACACCGAAGGGCGUUAAAGCCCAUCUACACUACAGUUUGGUAACUAAUCCCACUAACAUAUCCACAGACUGGCUCACUUUAACACUAGUUAUUGUUCCCAGAGUUCAUCAGCAGUUCAAGGAUGUGAUUAGGAGAUUAUCAAAGGAGGAAGCAAACAAAGACCUGAGCAGAACAAACAGGCAGGUACUGAUUAAAGAGAACAAACUGCAUCCACACCAGUGCAGGAGCAUCUCCACCAUCUUAGAUUUUAGCACUGCCUCUAAAUCAGUCUGUUUACGCUUUGAUUUAUUUAUGUAACAUUGAUUUAUUUAACAAAAUGAUUUAUUUAUAUACUGAUUCAUUUAGUUUAUUUAUUAUCUAUUUAUUUGUAUUUUUUGUGUGAGAUUUCUUUUUGGUGAAAGGCUCCUAUUACGACUUUUUUCCGAGGGGUGGGGGGGCGGAAUAAAAGCGCUACAGAUUUCUUCACAGGUGGAGGCGAUUAUUCAUUCCUGGACUGUAUGCAUGUUUAAAAAAAUGUCUCCUUUCUGUACUGUAGCAGAAACUGUAACUUUAUAUUUGGAAACUAGAGCUUCCCUGUGUGUGUAUUUUACAUUUGUGUGUAUGUGCAUGAGUGAGUGUGCGCACGUGUGUGUGUGUGUGGCAGUCUGGCCAAGUAUACUGAUGUGGUUAUUAGGGCUAAUAUUAGUUUAUUUCUGGAUUUUCUGCCUCCAUCUGGUUGAGUCGUUAAAAAAAACAAGCUUCUAUGUGUUUGUGAUGUCUCAUCAAAGAAUACUGACAGCUGGCUGAACUGUUAUGAAUUAAAGUGCCUAUUCAGAAACUCAUUUACUUAAUGUAGAUUUGUACAUAUUUUGAUUUGCUAACAUGCAGUAAGAUGAUUUUUUUUUUUUUUUUUUUUUUUUUUUUGUAUGAUGUAAAAUCUUUUCGACUGAUUAGGCCAUUCAUUGACUUCCUGUGGUGUAACUCGGUACAUUCGGUCCUGAAGAGCCCAAAAGAGUGCAAAUUAUAUAAUAAAUAAUGUUGUGCUUGCAUUAAUGGAUAGAAACACACGUAUUUUUCAAACGUAGGCAUUCUGUGAUCAAAGUUCCUAUGUGAAAUUUAUCAAAACGCUUAUGUGACAUGUGAAAAUGAAGUAACAGUGAGCGGAUUCUGAAUGUUGAGGGGAAGUUACUCGAGCUCCCGGAUGGUGGUGUUCCCUUAUUUGGGAACCAGGCUCAUCAAAUAUGUUCUGGCCUCACUGGGAGAUGUCUCCUCAGAUAAUCCACACCCUUGUUUGUGCUCACCAGGCCCGUCUCACAUAGCUACAACUAUUUUGAUGCCUAAAGAGAAAGUCGGUCAAAAUUAGACCUCUUAAAAAAAA